AUGGCGAGCGGCGUAAGGGAUUCGAGCAAGAAUAGCCGCGUGGAAAGGUUAAUCUCGAGGAGGACAUCACAUGGAACGGUUCAAUAUUUGGUGAAAUGGAAGGGAUACAGCGCGUUUCAUAAUAGUUGGGAAGAUGAAGAUAACUUGACUACCGAUCUUAUUAGAACUUAUGACAAGCCAAUUGUUGACAAAGAGAGGCUAACUCGAAACGUCGAUAACCUGAGAUUAUCAGUCCUCUUUAAAUUAAGAAGAAGGGAGGGAAGGGAGAAGGGGUAUACUUUGUUAGAUAAGGAUGAUUUUAACAAAUGUGAUUUACCAGAAAACUGGGAUAGGGUUAUUGAUUGUAAUGGGGAUGGGGUAAGGGUUAAAUAUCCAUUUAAAAUUAGAUUGUUUUUAGCAAAAUCACCAAAAACAUAUUCUAUUAUAAAUGGGAAAAUUCAAGAAGAUCAGAGAAUGUUAAUUGAGAAACUAUCAAUCGAUUUCAGUCGCCAACCUGUAACUAUUCAAUCAUAGAUAUUAUAAACAGAAACUGAAAUUGAAAUUAACUGUAAUGGCUUUAGGGACUGUAAGGGGUUCCACUUGAAUGCAAAAGCUGCUAAGAAUAUGACCAACAAGUGAGUUGAAUAUACAAAAUAUAC